ACCAGCAAGUGCUCGUUGGGGGGAUCCUAGUAGCCUGGCCGGCGUUGCUUGUUCCCAUUUGCAACCACUGCGGCUGCCUGCCCUGCUGGCUCUGGCUGCCUGCAAUCUAUUCAUCUUCUGUUCUUGCUGCAAGUCCCAACCCACCCCAGAGUCCAAAAGGACUAGAAAACAAAUGCAAUUCUGAAGGUGCAUUUCAAAGUGGAAUACCUUCGUUCUGGAAGAGAAGAAUUAGUUGGGAACAAAGCGAGUGAGUAAGAGACAAUGGCCAUGAUCCCAGUUACCAUCUCCUGGUUGUGGGCCCAGGUCUCAUCUUCCUGGAAUAACUUCACCACACAGGCCAUUUCUCUCCUACUGCUUGCUCUGCUGCUUGAUUAUGUGAAGCGCAGGAAGAGAUGUAGUCGCUGUCCUCCAGGCCCUGCCCCUCUACCUUUCAUUGGGAAUUUGCUGCUGCUGGAUAGGAAGAAUCCACAACACACUGUCCAACGUAUGGCAGAAAGAUUUGGGAUGGUCUUCUGCGUCCAGGUUGGAUGGAGCAACUUUGUCGUGCUGAAUGGAUACAAGGUGAUUAAGGAGACGCUGGGCCAGAAAGCAGAGGAGUUCAGUGACCGAGCACCAGCACCUCUGCUGUGUCUGAUAGGCCGUGCAAGAAAUUCUGCAGGAAUAGUCGCAGCAAUGUACAGUGACGGCUGGAAGCAGCAGAGAAGGUUUUGUAUCUCCACCUUGAAAAGUUUUGGAAUGGGGAAGAAAACAUUUGAGAAGAGAGUGUCUGAAGAAGCUGGAUAUUUGUGCUCUGAGUUCAGAUCAAAAGAAGGCUCUCCCUUUAACCCCCAGUACAUCCUGAUCAAUGCAGUCAGUAAUAUCAUCUGCAUCAUAACAUUUGGUAACCGCUUUGAAUACAAUGAUGCAGUAUUCCUGAAGCUCAUGCAUUUGACUGAGGAGCUCAUUAAGACACUCUCCAGAAUCCUGCCCCAGAUUUUGGCUGCAGGAUCCUGGUUGUCCUAUAUUCCUGGACCUCACCUUAAAGCUAGGAAACUCUACAAAGAGCUUAGCGUCAUGCUAAGAGAGAUUGUGAGUGAACAUAAGAAAACCAGGGAUCCCACUUUUUCAAGAAAUGUGAUUGAUGCAUUUCUGGAGGAGAUAGAAAAGGCCAAAGGGAAUCCAGAGAGCAGCUUUAAUGAGCAAAACCUUAUUAAUGUGAUCUUUGAUCUGUUUGCGGCUGGCACUGAAACCACUGCUUCGACUGUACUCUGGGGACUGUUGAACCUUGUCUGUCAUCCUGAGGUUCAGAAAAGAGUUCAGGAAGAAAUUGAUAAAGUGAUUGGAAGGGCCAAACCACCCAUGAUGGACGACCAGCAGAAGCUGCCUUAUACUACUGCUGUGAUACAUGAAAUUCAACGUUUUGCUGAUAUUUUACCUAUUACAUUUCCUUAUAUAACACACCAAGAUAUUGAAGUUGGCAAGUUUGUCAUCCCUAAGGAAACCAUAGUCUUCAGUCAUCUGUCUUCUGUGCUGAGGGAUGAAUCCAUGUGGGAGAAGCCACACCAAUUUUAUCCAGAGCAUUUCCUGGAUGCAAAUGGACAGUUUGUGAAGCGAGAGGCCUUCCUGCCCUUUGGUGCAGGUCGCCAUGCCUGUCCUGGAGAACAGUUGGUUAAAAUGGAACUCUUCAUCUUCUUCACUACCCUCCUGCAGCAUUUUACUUUUCAUAUUCCUGAGAACUCUCCCAGGCCCAAGGGAGAUAGGGUGUUUGCCCUAACAGUUUUUCCUUCUCCCUUCGAGAUUUGUGCCAUUCCUAGAUAAUAUUUCCAUGAUAUCUCUUGCCCAGUCUGUGCUGGCCUGAGAGUUGACAGCAAAGGGAAAUUUGGAGAAAUGGUAGGUGUAGAUUAAUCAUUGCAUUGCCCUGUUGUGAACGCCAUUUAACUCUUAAAUACCAGUGGCUGCUCAGGACAAGAAUAUGUUUUUCAAUGUGGGAUGGGAACAAACUCCAGAAAUGUGAUAAAUAAAUAUAUUUCUAUCUCACUCAAAA